AUGUUUCUUUCAGAAACCAACGCAACACUGCCAUCACACGAGUGGUUUGCAAUGGCCUCUCUGAAUGAUACUUCGGGUGGUCCAACUCUUUCGGAGCCGCCCUCAGUGCAGCUUGCUAGUCUUCCGCCUUCAGAUCAGCAUUUCGAGACGCAAAACCUGGAUGACCGCAUAGUUUUUGCCAACGAGUCAAUAGCUCUUCCACCUAUCGAUGGCGGAUUUGCAGCAUGGCGCCUGCUUCUCGCCGCAUUUGUGUUCGAAGCUCUACUCUGGGGCUUCCUUCUCUCCUUUGGAGUAUUUCAGGAGUACUACUCGCAUAUCCCUGCUUUCAAAGACAGCGCCUAUAUCUCGGCCAUCGGUACAACGGCAUCGGGCAUCUCAUACCUUGGAGCUCCUCUGAUCACACCAAUCAUCUGUCGAUGGUCAAAGUAUCGCACGCACAUGAUCCUCAUCGGAUGGCCCUUGUGCAUCCUCGGUCUGGUGGCAGGGAGCUUCGCAAAUACCCUCGGGACUCUGCUCCUGACUCAAGGAGUGAUGUAUGGAAUCGGCUUCAUCAUCUUCUACUACCCGAUCCUGUCGAUGGUGGACGAGUUUUGGGUGAGGCGAAGGGGCAUGGCGUACGGUAUCUUGUGCAGUGCUUCUGGCGCUUCGGGUGCGGUGAUGCCUCUCAUUUUACAAGCUUUGCUCCGGCAAUACGGACACCAGACGACACUUCGAGCUGUUGCAGUGGCGCUGGUCGUACUCACAGGCCCACUCAUACCACUACUUCGAGGUCGCCUUGGACAGCAACAUGUUACGAGUCUGAGGACCGACUGGAGCUUCCUCAAAGUGCCACUCUUCUGGAUAUACAGCACAAGUAACGUCUUCAUGGGCAUGGGUUACUUCUUCCCUUCGCUGUUCCUGCCAUCGUACGCUUCGCUCAUUGGUCUAAGUGCAACCAAAGGCGCUCUGUUGUUGACGUUGAUGAGCAUAUCGCAAGUCGCCGGUCAGUUUACGUUUGGCUACAUGUCCGACAAGAAGGUGCCACUCAAUGCGAUGAUUGUAGUGUCGUCGUCUAUUGCAGCAAUUGUCACGCUGAGUUUGUGGGGACUGGCGCGUUCAUUGGCACCGCUCGCUUGCUUCGCGAUUGUCUACGGCUUUUUCGGCGCAGGGUACACAGCCAUGUGGGCGAGAAUGGUCACGGCGAUCAGCGACGAGCCAUCUGCAUCGCAAGCAAUGUUUGGCUUGUUCUGUGCUGGGAAGGGCAUUGGUAAUAUCAUGACGGGUCCAAUCAGCGCCGGCUUGCUGUCGGUUUCGAAGUCGUCCACUGGAUAUGGUCAUGGUAUGUACCAGGCGGUCGUCAUAUUCACCGGGGUCUGCCUGAUCUUCAGUGCUGGUAGUUUGGGCGCCAUGUACAUUCGACCGAAGACAUGA